CCUCCUCCCCCUCGGGCUCCUCCCCCUCCCUCUCGACUCUCCCCCGUCCCUCCUCCCUCGCUCCCUGGCCGACUCCCCCUCCCCCGUGUCCCUCCCCCCUCCUCGCCUCUCCUCCCUCUGCCCCUCUCCCUCCCCUCCUCCCUGGCUCUCCCUCGCAGUCUCCGGCUUCUCUCGCUCUCCAUCUCGCUCUCUCUCCGUCUUUCGGGCGGAGUCGCCCGCCGCCGCCAGCCCGGUGCUGGGGGGACCCGCUCCAGGCUGCAGCCGCAGGAUCCCACCACCCUCCAUGGCUCCCCUGGCCUUGGUGGGGGUCGCGCUCCUCCUGGGGGCUCCCCCCUGUUCCGGGGCGGCCACCCCGACCCCCUCCCUGCCGCCUCCCCCGGCCAAUGACAGCGAUACCAGCACAGGGGGCUGCCAGGGCUCCAACCGCUGCCAGCCGGGGGUCUUGCUGCCCGUGUGGGAGCCCGACGACCCGUCGCUGGGUGACAAGGCGGCACGGGCGGUGGUCUACUUUGUGGCCAUGGUCUACAUGUUCCUGGGCGUGUCCAUCAUCGCUGACCGCUUCAUGGCGGCCAUCGAGGUCAUCACGUCGAAGGAGAAGGAGAUUACCAUCACCAAGGCCAACGGCGAGACCAGCGUGGGCACCGUCCGCAUCUGGAACGAGACGGUGUCCAACCUCACGCUCAUGGCCCUGGGCUCCUCGGCGCCCGAGAUCCUGCUGUCAGUCAUCGAGGUCUGCGGCCACAACUUCCAGGCGGGCGAGCUGGGCCCGGGCACCAUCGUGGGGAGCGCUGCCUUUAACAUGUUCGUGGUCAUUGCCGUGUGCAUCUACGUCAUCCCGGCUGGCGAGAGCCGCAAGAUUAAGCAUCUGAGAGUCUUCUUUGUCACCGCCUCGUGGAGUAUCUUCGCCUAUGUCUGGCUUUAUCUCAUCCUCGCUGUCUUUUCCCCAGGUGUGGUCCAGGUGUGGGAGGCGCUGCUGACCCUGGUCUUCUUCCCGGUGUGCGUGGUGUUCGCCUGGAUGGCCGACAAGCGGCUGCUCUUCUACAAGUACGUGUACAAGCGCUACCGCACCGACCCGCGCAGCGGCAUCAUCAUCGGCGCCGAGGGCGACCCCCCGAAGAGCAUCGAGCUGGACGGCACGUUCGUGGGCGCCGAGGCGCCGGGCGAGCUGGGCGGCCUGGGCCCGAGCCCCGCGGAGGCCCGCGAGCUGGACGCCAGCCGCCGCGAGGUCAUCCAGAUCCUCAAGGACCUCAAGCAGAAGCACCCGGACAAGGACCUGGAGCAGCUGGUGGGCAUCGCCAACUACUACGCGCUGCUGCACCAGCAGAAGAGCCGCGCCUUCUACCGCAUCCAGGCCACGCGGCUGAUGACCGGCGCGGGCAACGUGCUGCGGCGACACGCGGCGGACGCGUCGCGCAGGGCCUCCCCGGCCGAGGGCCCCGGCGAGGACGAGGACGACGGCGCCAGCCGCAUCUUCUUCGAGCCCAGCCUCUACCACUGCCUGGAGAACUGCGGCUCCGUGCUGCUGUCCGUCACCUGCCAGGGCGGCGAGGGCAACAGCACCUUCUACGUGGACUACCGCACCGAGGACGGCUCCGCCAAGGCGGGCUCCGACUACGAGUACAGUGAGGGGACGCUGGUGUUCAAGCCGGGCGAGACGCAGAAGGAGCUGCGCAUCGGCAUCAUCGACGAUGACAUCUUUGAGGAGGACGAGCACUUCUUCGUGCGGCUGCUGAAUCUGCGCGUGGGCGACGCGCAGGGCAUGUUCGAGCCCGACGACAGCGGGCGGCCCAAGGGGCGGCUGGUGGCGCCGCUGCUGGCCACCGUCACCAUCCUGGACGACGACCACGCGGGCAUCUUCUCCUUCCAGGACCGCCUGCUGCACGUGAGCGAGUGCAUGGGCACGGUGGACGUGCGCGUCGUGCGCAGCUCGGGCGCGCGCGGCACCGUGCGCCUGCCCUACCGCACGGUGGACGGCACGGCGCGCGGCGGCGGCGUGCACUACGAGGACGCGUGCGGGGAGCUCGAGUUUGGCGACGACGAGACCAUGAAAACUCUUCAGGUGAAGAUAGUGGAUGACGAGGAAUAUGAGAAAAAGGAUAAUUUCUUCAUCGAGCUGGGCCAGCCCCAGUGGCUUAAGCGAGGGAUUUCAGCUCUGCUACUCAAUCAAGGGGACGGGGACAGGAAACUGACGGCCGAGGAGGAGGAGGCUCGGAGGAUAGCAGAGAUGGGCAAGCCAGUUCUUGGGGAAAACUGCCGGCUGGAGGUCAUCAUUGAAGAGUCGUAUGAUUUUAAGAACACGGUGGAUAAACUCAUCAAGAAAACGAACUUGGCCUUGGUAAUUGGGACCCAUUCGUGGAGGGAGCAGUUUUUAGAGGCAAUUACGGUGAGCGCAGGGGACGAGGAGGAGGAGGAGGACGGGUCCCGGGAGGAGCGGCUGCCGUCAUGCUUCGACUACGUGAUGCACUUCCUGACGGUGUUCUGGAAGGUGCUGUUUGCCUGCGUGCCCCCCACCGAGUACUGCCAUGGCUGGGCCUGCUUUGGUGUCUGCAUCCUGGUCAUCGGCCUGCUCACUGCUCUCAUUGGGGACCUCGCUUCCCAUUUUGGCUGCACCGUUGGCCUCAAGGACUCUGUCAACGCUGUUGUCUUCGUGGCCCUGGGCACCUCCAUCCCUGACACGUUUGCCAGCAAGGUGGCGGCGCUGCAGGACCAGUGCGCGGACGCGUCCAUCGGCAACGUGACCGGCUCCAACGCGGUGAACGUGUUCCUGGGCCUGGGCGUGGCCUGGUCGGUGGCCGCCGUGUACUGGGCGGUGCAGGGCCGCCCCUUCGAGGUGCGCACCGGCACGCUGGCCUUCUCCGUCACGCUCUUCACCGUCUUCGCCUUCGUGGGCAUCGCCGUGCUGCUGUACCGGCGCCGGCCGCACAUCGGCGGCGAGCUGGGCGGCCCGCGCGGACCCAAGCUCGCCACCACCGCGCUCUUCCUGGGCCUCUGGCUCCUCUACAUCCUCUUCGCCAGCCUCGAGGCGUACUGCCACAUCCGGGGCUUCUAGGGCCUCCGCGGGGACUCGGCCGCCCCCGCCCCCGGGGAGGGGUGGCGGGGCCUCGGCCGCACCUGCUCUUGGACCCUCGGCUCCUUUGCCCUCCCGACUCAGCCUCCUGUCCUGGGACUCAGCCUCUCUCUCCUGGGGUCUGAUCUCCCCCCUCCUUUGUCCCCAGUAGCUCAGCCUCCCUCUCCCCGCCAGGAGCCUCCCCCGCUCCUCCUCUGGGGAACAGCCCUGUGGUUACCCCACUGCCCCAGCUCGUCCCUGUUAGUCACCAUCUGCACCACCGCCAGGGGGGACCACCCCGGUGACCAUUCUUCUAGGGAAUUUAAGGUCUUUCUCCCCAGACACCCGGCCUGGCUCUGUCCGAUAAGUCUCCCUUCCCCGUGCCCCAGAGCCUCAGCACUUACCCUCCCUGGGGACCCGCGGAAGGAGGCUGAUCUAGCCCAGGACGUCUUAGAUCUCAGCCCUUCCGCGCAGCCCUCAGGGAGUCACGCUCAGCCCCAGGGGAAGGAACAGGUGCGCGUGACGAGGGCGCACACCUGUCCUGGUUGGUUUCUCCGCCCAGGCUCUCGGGAGGACGCUCAUUCUGGAGGCUUGGAGAAGCGAGGGGAGAAGUUUGGGGUUUAAGUCCCAAGGUUUAGCUGGAGAAGGCACAUUUUGAACCUGCAACUUCUCACAUUCCAGCGCCCCCACUCACCCUCCACUACCUCUGAGAGCCUAGCCACGCCUUGGAGGGAGGGGCCUGUGUGUGUAUAUAGUGUGUUUGGGGGAGGGGGGACGUGGGAGGGUGCAUGUCUUGGGGAAGGGGGGUGACAGACUUAACUUUUAAGAGGGCAGCGGACUCCCUCAGCCAUGAGAACCGGCUUGGGGAGGAGGCCGGAAAUCGAAGGAAGUCCAGCUGAUCUCCCCUGACAAUCUAGAAGGUUCAUUUUGCCCUCAGUGCCAGCCAAUCCGGGCAGGACCCUCGAAGAGACCGAGGGUCCCAGAGGACCAAUGCUACAAGCCAGCAAAUGCUGCCACAUCUCUGCCUGAUGGGGGGGGGGUGGGGUGGGGGUGGGGGGGUGGGACUGGACUAAGGGAUCUGAGUGGGCAUUUUUAACUUUCGAGGCCACCCAUCUGUUGGUAGGCCAUCUGCAUUUUCUUAUUGUUGAUGUUUCCUGCCCAAAGGACACACCUGGGGUAUGGGGAGUGCCACUCACUCCUUGGGCCCCUAGGAUGACCCUGCUACCCCUAUUCCUCCUGCUUCCCAAAGGUUUUUAGCAUUCUAACGUCUUGUUGUGCAUCGCAUCAGCCCCAACAUUCCAGACCCGUCACCCACUUCCCUUUUCUUCCCCAGCUCAUCAGCAUCAGUCGCUGUCGCUCUUCUGUGAUUUCUGUAAAAGUUGCCAUAAAACUUUGAAAUUCUGCCUGAAAA